UAAAUGGGGCCAAAGAACGACUCACAAAUUUCACAUUUUCUCCUUCUGGGAAUUUCAAAGAACCCAAGACUGCAGUUUCUCUUAUUUGUGCUAUUCCUGGCCAUGUACUUGAUCACCAUGCUUGGGAACCUGCUCAUCAUCCUGGCAACAGUUUUAUGCCCCCACCUGCAUACACCCAUGUAUUUCUUCCUGUCCAACCUAUCCUUGGUGGAUGUCUGCUUCACUUCAACAACUGUCCCAAAGAUGUUGGUGAAUACACACAAACACAGUAAUGUCAUCAUGUAUGGGAAUUGCAUUGCCCAGAUGCAUUUCUUUAUACUCUUUUCAGGGCUGGAAAUCUUUCUGCUGACUUUGAUGGCCUAUGACAGGUAUGUGGCCAUCUGUCACCCUCUACAUUAUACUGUCAUCAUGAGCCCUCGACUCUGUGUGCUGAUGGUCCUAGCAUCCUGGAUCAUGAAUAUCCUUCAUUCCACAACACAAAGCUUAAUGACAUUGCGACUGUCCUUCUGCACAGACCCAGAAAUCCCACACUUUUUCUGUGAACUAAAUCAAGUAGUACACCUUGCUUGCUCAGACACCCUUCUUAAUGACGUGGUUAUCUAUUUUGCAGCUGUGCUGUGGGCUUGCUGUCCCCUGAUGGGCAUCUUUUACUCUUACUCUAAGAUAGUUUCCUCCAUACGUGCAAUCUCAUCAUUGCAAGGGAAGUACAAAGCAUUUUCCACCUGUGCAUCUCACCUAUCAGUUGUCUCUUUGUUCUAUUGCACAGGCCUGGGUGUUUACCUCAGUUCUGCCUGGACUGGAAACUCACAGUCAACUGCACGAGCAUCAGUAAUGUAUAGUGUGGUCACUCCUAUGAUGAACCCCUUCAUAUACAGUCUUAGGAAUAAAGAUAUAAAGAGGGCACUAAGAAUCAUUUUGGGGUGGAAGGAAUAGAAAAAUAUUUCACUGAGGUGCUGAACAUAGUUACAUAUCCAUGAUCACACCACUCAGAGCUCUCUGAUGGUAUCUUCAGGGUGGAAUGUGUUCCCUCUGUUUUAUCACCAGAGUCUCUCAUUCUCCAAUGUCAGCUUCUCUAUAGGAUUCAGUCACAGAAUCCACUUUACAACUGUCUACCCUCACUAUGACAUUUGCUUUUUUUCCUUUUGUCCUCUUGCAAGUUCCCCAACCUUUUCUUCCGUCUUUGGAUCAGUAAAUAC